AACGUAAUUUGAAUAAUUCUUAUUUUUUUAUGUUGACUAAAAAUAUUUGAAAGAUAGGAUGGAAACGUUUUUAAUAUUCAAAAUUUAAGAUCGAAUAAAACGUCAAGAAGCACAAAAUGGUUUUGUUGGAAAACGAAGCAUUCCUUUCGGAACUAACGAAGUUGUUUCAAGAAGCCAGACAGGAUGGAUCGGUGUCAAUGACAUUCAAAAGGUAUGACGGCAACAAUAAACCGAAACCGAGAGAAGGAAGGCCGCCACUUCCUGAACCGCAGGAAAACAUGUGUUUGGUCAGGGCCAAGUUUCGUUCCAAGAAAAUUUCCACAGUGCUCCACCACAGGGACAUUAACAAGUUCCAAGUUGCCUACAGUACUCUGUUGAAAGGCAAUUUGGAUGGACUUAAGAAAAAGCUUAAAAAAUCUAAAACCGACAAGAAACAAGAGUGAGAGUGAGAAGAAUUUUUAUAUAUUCAAAAGUUAAUUAAAAACUUAAGUGUAAAAUAGAUUCAAUAAAAUAACUACUUUUUGUA